AUGAGUUUCGAAAAACCUCAGUUUGAUUACUUGAAAGGCAUCAAUUAUGAUUUUACAUCAUGCUUGGGUUUUAAGGAAUUCUGUGGCCUUUUCACAGCACUUAUAUCAUCCAUUGUUAUUUCAGAAAUUGUUGAAAACCUGCUCAUAAGAGAUAAUUCACCUAGCAUACAUGAGGCAAUUGAAAGACUCUUCAGUGACAUAGCAAAUAUCAACAGGGAUUCUAUGGCUGAAAUACAGGAUGCUCAGGUUGAAGAAAUGGCAGUAAACCUAUGGAACUGGGCAGUUUCCAAGAGAGUAGGUUCGAUUAUAAGUGAGGAGCAGAAAGCUCAAUUGCAGCAUGUUGCUUGCAAGUUGCUGUGUAUGUGUGAAGGCUCAGCUACUUCAGAAGAUGCUAUUCGAAGACAGAUUUUGAUGAAUAUUAAAACAGGAAAAGGGUGGGUAGAUGUUGGAAAUGCUGUGAUGGCUGAUGGAUUUUUUCAAGCUGCCAUGGUUGGUCUGGAGCAGUUAUAUUGCAAAUUAAUGCAGAGAAGCUCCACUGAGGCUGAUAUAACUUUGCAGAAGAGUGCUCUGGAGAAGGACCUUUUCAAAGUUGUUUCUUACCAAGCAGAGGUGGCAGUUGCUCUAGGGGAUUUUCAAAGAGCAUCUUCUUAUUCACUGCGCUGUAAAGAUAUGUUGAUAAGGCUCCCCAAAAUGGCUGGAUAUCUUCAUACUCUCUGUUACAACUUUGGAAUAGAAGCCUAUAGGCAGAAUAAAUAUGAAGAAAGUUCUUUCUGGUUUAGCCAAAGCUAUGAAAUUGGGAAGAUGGAUAAGAAUACUACUGGGCCAGAAAUGUUGGCUAAAGUUCUGCGGUUACUAGCCACUGCUUAUUUGGAUUGGAAUGACAGAGAAUAUUGUGAUAAGGCUCUCCAAGCUAUAAACCUAGCAAACAAGGAACAUUUAAAUCCAGCUGGGAUUUUCCUAAAGAUGAAAAUCCUGUUGAAGAAUGAAAUAGCCAAUGAAGAACUCCAUGAAGCUGUCUUGGAAAUCCUACAUCUUGACGUGUCUCUAGACUUUUGUCUGAAUAUUGCUAAACUGCUUAUGGAUCAUGAAAGAGAAUUUGUUGGGUUUGAUUUCAUGAAGAUGAUCUGUCAACGUUUUAAGUCAUCAGAAGAUAUUGGAAAAGCUCUACUGCUCCACAUUGACAUGCUUUUACAAAGAAAGGAAGAACUGUCUGCCAAGGAGAAGAUUGAAGAGCUAAUUAUAGAUCACCAAAGAGGAAGAAAACUGGCACCAAAAUUAGUUAUCUGUUUUCACAGCAUUCUUUGGCAAAAAGCUGCCAGAAGUUUUCAGGUACAAAAUUAUGCUGAUGCCAUAAACUGGUACCGUUAUUCUCUGAGAUUUUAUGCAAUCGAUAAAACGGAUCUGGACUUGGCCAAGCUGCAGAGAAAUAUGGCUUCCUGUUACCUGCAUUUGAAACAACUUGAUAAGGCUAAAGUGGCAGUGAGAGAAGCUGAACGACGUGAUCCUACAAAUAUUUUCACUCAGUUUUAUAUAUUCAAGAUUGCGGUUUUAGAGCAAAACUCUACCAGAGCUUUGCAGGCAAUUGAUACAUUAGAGACAUUAAUAAUAAGUGUAGGACCAGAAGAGAAUGCCUUAUGUGUGGAUAAAGAGUCACCUGUCAUGCUUCUUAGUUUAGCUGCCCAAUUUGCUCUAGAGAAGGGGCUACAAAUUGUGGCAGGAAAAGCUUUGGAAUAUUUAGCUCGAUAUUCAGAUGACUCACAACAAGUCCUUUCUGCUUUAAAGUAUUUGUUUUGUCUCAUUCUUCCAAAAGUUUCUCAAAUGGUACAAUCUGAAAGCAGGAAGAAAGAAAUGGAUCGACUUUUGGCUUGCUUGGAUAAAGCACUCCUGAAAAUUGCUCAGUCUUUUCAUGACAAGAACUUGACUGAAGACUCAACGGUUAAUGAAGCUCAGUGGUUUCGAAAAAUAGCUUGGAAUUUGGCUGUGCAAUGCGACAAAGAGCCAGUGAUGAUGAGACAGUUUUUGAUCCUUUCUUACAAGCUGUCCCAGUUUUGUCCUUCUGAUCAAGUAAUUCUGAUUGCACAGAAAACAUGUUUACUUAUGGCAGCUGCAGUUGAUCUAGAGCAAGGGAGAAAAGCUACAACAACUUCUGAACAGACCCAGCUACUGAAUCGUGCACUUGAGCAGAUCUAUGUAUGCAAAAACAUCUGGAAUACUCUGAAAGAAACAGGGGACUUCUCAGGUGAUCCAUGUGAGAUACUGCUUCUGCUAUAUGAGUUUGAAGCUAAAGCCAAAAUGAAUGAUCCAUUACUUGACAGUUUCUUGGAAUCCGUGUGGGAACUGCCUCAUUUGGAAAGUAGAACAUUUGAAACAAUUGCAUUGUUAGCAGUGGAAAAGCCUGCACACUAUCCUUCCAUUGCUCUGAAGGCCUUGAAUAAGGCUUUAUUGCUCUACAGAAAGAAAGAAUCAAUUGAUGCUGUGAAAUACAGCAAAAGUGUGCACAACUUGAUUAACCUCUUAACGCCAGAUGGGGUGCCAAGUACAGAACUCUGUCCCCUGGAAGAAAUUUGGGGUUAUUUUGAAGAUGCUCUAAGCUUUAUUAGGCACACCGAAGACUACCCAGAAUCAGAGACUCUCUGGCUGAUGAUCAAGUCCUGGAAUAUUGGAAUAUAUAUGUACAGUGGGAAGAAGUAUGUAUCUGCAGAAAAAUGGUGUGACCUUGCACUGCGUUUUCUUGACCUCCUUGGCUCCCUCAAGAGAAACUAUGAAACUCAGAUGAACAUUCUGUACAAUGAGCUGGUGGAAACGUUAAAUAAAAAGGGCUCAGGUGUCAACGAAGAGUGAGAAGUGCCGGAACAAGGCGUCUGAGCAGGCAGGCUGACGUCUCCUUGAAGAUGUUGCGUACCUAAAUUCCUGCCAAACUUUACCUUGAGUUCUGUUUUUUCAAACCCCGUUUUCAUGUUGUUGCACAAAAUUUUCUGAAAUAAAGCAUCUUGACUCUCA